CGCGUGACAGGUGACGUAGGCUAUUUUGAUAAAUCUUCCCUCCCAAUUAACAUACCUGGCGGGAACGUGGGAGUCAGGUGUGGUUGUCCAUUUGCAGACCAUCUGGAGCAGGCAUAUGGCGCGUUCAGGUGACCGAUUGCUGCAGCCCCUCUGCUUCUCCAGCUGUGGGGAGGAGGACAGCAGCGAUAGCUCGUCGGAGGACUGGGCCCCAGUACGGAGGAGCCCUAGUUUCAGGAGGAGCCCCAACUGUAGCAGAAACCCCAACUUUAGCAGAAGCCCCAGCUUUAGGAGCCCUGUCCAGAGCCCGUCUUCGGCCUGCCGCACCCCCAGGGUCCAGCGGCACCGUCAACGCAGUAUCACCACGUCUCCUACCUCCUUCCCCAGCUCGCCCAUUCCUUACGCUGCCUGGAACAAGCUGAGGCUGUGUGAGUCACCCUACACACCGAAGAGUCUGCUGUCCAAAGCUGUCCAGCCCAGCUCCUGCAGCAGGCCUCCCAACAGCCAGAGGGCGCUACACUUCUCCUCCCGUGAGCCCCUCAGCCGUCUCCCCUCGGUCAACGUCAACCCCUUCACCCCCGACACCGUCCGCAGGAGCAGUGAGCACUACAAGAGGAAGAGCCGGUGGAGUGAUGAUGAUGAUGACUGCCAUAGGUCAAAAGAUGCCCAGACUUCAUCCGAUGAAGAGUAUUGUAUGCCUCUGAAGAGACCCGCUGUGCAGGCGCUGAUGCUCUCUCGUUACGAGAGCGAGUUCCUGGAGCUCGGGCGGCUGGGCGCGGGCGAGUUUGGUGCCGUGUACAAAUGCGUGAAGAGGCUGGACGGUUGUCUUUACGCCAUCAAGCGCUCCCGCCACCCUCUCGCCGGCUCCGCCAAUGAACAGCUGGCUCUGAAGGAAGUGUAUGCCCAUGCAGUGUUGGGCCACCACCCACACGUCGUCCGCUAUUACUCCGCCUGGGCAGAGGAGGACCACAUGAUCAUUCAGAAUGAAUAUUGUGAUGGUGGGAGUCUCCUGGAUAUCAUGACAGAAAAGGAACAGCAGGGGGAGUACUUUAAGGAGCUGGAGCUGAAGGAUCUGCUGCUGCAGGUGUCCAUGGGCCUGAAGUACAUCCACAGCUCUGGCCUAGUGCAUCUGGAUAUUAAACCCAGCAACAUCUUUGUGUGUCUGCGACCUGGCUCUAGUGCAGGAGGAGAGGGGGACAGUGAGGAAGAAGAGGAUGUGUACCCUUCAUCAGGCGUGGUUUACAAGAUUGGUGACCUGGGCCAUGUGACGUCCAUCUCCAACGCCCAGGUGGAAGAGGGAGACAGUCGCUUCCUGGCCAAGGAGAUUUUGAAUGAGGACUACCGCGAGCUGCCCAAGGCAGACAUCUUUGCUCUGGGUCUGACGGCACUGCUGGCUGCUGGCGCCCCACCGCUGCCCCAGAAUGGAGAUGAGUGGCACCGCCUGCGCCAGGCUCUCCUGCCCGUCCUACCACAGAAGCUCUCCGCGGCCUUCUCCAGUCUCCUACGGGGCCUGCUGGACCCCGAUCCUGUGCUACGUCCAUCUGCGUCUGUGCUCUGCAAACACCCUUUGCUGAGGAGGGAGCGGGCUGGCAAGAUAGCUGCAGAGCUGCGCAAGGAACUGAACGUGGAGAAGUUCAGGACUGCUAUGCUAGAAAGGGAACUAAAGGAGGCCAGGAUGGCUGCAUUGUCUCCCCAGCAGAGUGCUACAUCCAUGAGCCACUGUGACCAAACAGGCCCUCUACCCAAAAAAGGCCAACGGCUCGUGGGCCGAAAUGCUUCAAGGUCCGUGAGCUUCAGCGGCCUGAGGCGCUGAGUUCUCUUUUUAGGGCAUUGUGGGACUUGUGGGUUUUUAAUUACAAAGCUCUUAUUGUGUAUGCAUAUCUGAAAAUACAGCUGCCAUAGCUGGCAUAGUGGGACUCUACUCAAAGAGUGUGUAUUAGCAUAGCUAUUCACCAGAUUGCACGAGGAGUUGGAAAUACGGACACGUAGCGUGUUACUGAUAUGCCGUGAUGAAUUGAUGUGUAACACUGUGUUUUAAUCACUGAGUGGGUUUUUGAGUUUUCCCUGCUUACAUGUGCUGCUUUGUUUUUAUAUAGUGUCCAUUUUCCAUUCAUGCCUCACUGGAACCUUGGCAUUAGCAACUGUCCACUCUUGCAGACCCGAGAGUGGCCUGUAACUUUUGACUGAAAUGUUUUUUUAACCGUGUAAAUAUACUGUAAAUAAAUUUUAGAGUUGUA